AAUAAUACGGACUACCAGUUACAGAAAGGGACUACCAGAUUCAGAGGUUGGGGAAGAGAAGGGGAAAAAAAGCGAAGAAGUGAGCGUCGUGGGAGGGCGGGCCACCUGUGACGGCGAAUGAGUGGAGGAGAACCUCGAGUCAGUCCCACUGUCUUUCAGUGGGUGUUUGUGAAUGUGUUUCGGCGUUUAAAGUCCACUUGGAUUAUCUUCAGCUCAAGGAAACGUACAUAUCUUUCUCUUGGAUUCAGGUUUCUUCGGUCCUCUCUGCAGCACAGUGAAGGAAGUUGCCUGCUUGCUUUCCAUUCCCAGUGAGUGUUUGUGUGAGUCCUAGGGUGAAUAUGUUUGUGUGAGGGCCUUCGCGUGUGCAUACACCCUGGUCGGAGAGUGUGUGUCUCAUGAGACGCUCUGCGGAGAUGCAGGGAGCGCAAUCCUCUGCGGUGCGGCUGCUGCUGCUGAGCUGCUGUGUGUGUGCAACAGACGGCUACCCAUUCAGAACACCCCUGGACCUGGAUGUGACUCCACGCGUCACCGUGUUGAGCAGUGGUCUCCAGGGCUGCAGACGUUUCCAGUCCUCUGCAGUCGACUACAGCACCAUGUUCCUGGAGGCUGACAGUGAGCGUCUCUACGUCGGGGCCCGGGGGGCUGUAUUCGCUCUAAAUGCCUCUGACAUUUCAGUCAGCUCUGUUCUCACUAUUGAGUGGGAAGCCUCUCCCCAGCAAAAGCUACAGUGUUUGCUCAAGGGAAAAGACAAUAAGACGGAGUGUUUUAAUCACAUCCGAUUCCUCCAGACGUUCAACUCAACUCAUCUCUACAUGUGUGGGACUCAUGCCUUCAGUCCCCUCUGUGCAUACAUAGAUAAGGAGAGGUUUGUGAUGUCAUCUCAGCCAGAAGAAGGCAAAGACAAAUGUCCCUACGGCCCGACAACAGGCUACACUGCCCUCAUCGUCGAUCAACAGAUGUAUACAGCUUCCCAGUACGAGUUUAGGAGCUUUCCAGAUAUCCGCCGCAACUCUCCGUCUCCCACACUGAAGACAGAAGAUGCUCCCACACGUUGGCUGAAUGAGGCAGACUUUGUGGGCUCGGCACUGGUGAGGGAGAGUUUGGGCAGCAGCACCGGUGAUGAUGAUAAGAUCUACUAUUUCUUCACCGAGAGGAGCCAGGAGCAGACUACAACCUACAGCCACAGCAGAGUGGCCCGAGUGGCCCGCGUUUGUAAGGGCGACCGGGGAGGCCUUUUAACUCUCCAGAAACGGUGGACGUCCUUCCUCAAGGCCAGGCUGACAUGUUCUCUGCCCGAGUACGACUUCCACUUCAACAUGCUGCGCAGCGUGUUUGUCAUGCCUGGCCUCACGCCGCAGGACACACUCUUCUACGGCAUCUUCGGCCUCGAGUGGAAAAACGUUAAGGCAUCUGCAGUGUGUCGGUUUUCUCUGUCUGAAGUCCAAGAGGCCUUUCAAGGACCCUACAUGGAGAACCAGGACUCUGGCUUUAAGUGGAAAGAAUACACUGGAAAGAUCCCUGACCCACGACCUGGAACGUGUAUAACAGACGCACUGAGGGCCAGGGGCAUAAACUUCUCCACCUCUCUGCCUGAUGAUGUGCUAAAUUUUGUCAGGAGGCAUCCUCUGAUGUCCCAGCAAGUCCAACCUUCAGACAGACGUCCCCUUUUGUUUAGGCGGACUACAGACUACACACACAUGGCCGUACACACGAUCCAAGGCUUGGAUGGAAAAACAUACCAUGUAUUGUACAUGGGCACAGAUGAAGGCUGGUUACAUAAAGCUGUAGAAAUUGAGGGUUGGCUUCACAUUAUCGAGGAACUUCAACUGUUCGAGGAACCCCAACCUGUUAACAACCUGCUGUUAUCUGAAAAACAGAUGAGUGUGUACGUGAGCUCUCCGUCAGGCGUGGUGCAGCUUCCCCUCUCUAACUGUCUCAGAUACACCUCCUGCUACGACUGUGUCUUUGCCAGGGACCCUCACUGUGCCUGGAACGGAGCCCAGUGUGUGGACAUAAUGGCACAAGAAGACAGAUCCACUUUAAUCCAAGACAUCCAGCAGGGCAGCAAAGGAUGUGAAAAUACACAAAAUGAAAUUGUUGCGCGGAGCCGCUCUGUGCGGGUGGGUGAUGACGUGCUGCUGCAGUGUGAGCUCAGCUCUAACCUGGCGACGCCCCUCUGGACUCUGGAUGGCAGCGAGUUGCAGGGCUAUGGUCUCAACUCUGGCAUCAGAACCGGCACAGACGGCCUGCUGAUCAUCGAGGCCAGGACGGACCAGAGCGGGUUGUACACCUGCUACGCUGUUGAGAACAAUAUCAAGGUUGCCAUAGUUACCUACAACAUCACCAUCCACCUGGAUCUGCCCCCUCCCCCACCUGUUGAGCCAACUCAAGACCAUUACAGUUUCUCUGCCACCCUGCCAGCACCCACUGAGCGUCCCUCCCCUGAGAGGCCGCUGCCACCACCCCCGGCCUCUCACCUCCCUCACUCAGAGCUGCUCUCCCCCAGGAACAUGGAGGCCAUGUAUCUGUCCCUUAUCACCAUCCUUGGAGGCCUGUGUGUGGUCCUUACCGUGGUGCUUGUCUAUGUGGGCGUCUGCUUGCGAGUGGGCAACAGAGGAAAGUACUCAAUACGAGCCGCAGCUUCUGCCUACCCGAACAGUAAAAGGCACAACAGGCACAGAAAACAGCACAGAAACUCCUCCCACAUGGAGCUGAAGACCAUCUCCAGCCACUGUAAUGGCAACGGCAUUUGUAAUGGAAUUUCAAAGCAGCACAACGGCGACAUCCAGGAUGGAGGCUUCCUCCAGAUUGUCCCCGGUGAGGGUCACCCAUCAUCUAAUAAGGAGCCUCCUCCCCCGGCCCCUCCUCUCCCACCAACCCCGCAACAUCCAUCACCAGAGUGUGACUUCCCCAACGGGCUGUCGGCCACGCUGCCCAGCGUCCUGAGGAGGAUGAAUGGCAACAGCUACGUGCUGCUGAGGCAGAGCGAGUCUGACAGCACUUCACCGCUCUGCUACUCCUUUGCCGAGGAGCUCAACAGGAUCUUGGAGAAGAGGAAGCACACUCAGCUGCUGCCCAGGCCGGACGAGAGUUCUGUGUAGAGAUAUAGCUCUCCCUGUGGUGGGAGGACUGCUAUGUUCUUACCUGGUGCUGAAGUGCCUCUCAUGAGACUCAUUGGACAACUAAAACAAUGAGAGAGUCUUUACAACAUUCUUUACUUUGGAUUUUUUUACAAGUCCAUACAGAGACGUUCCUGUUUUUUUAACCUAUGAGCUUCUUGUAAACCUAAAUUGCCCAUGUGCCCAAUGCAUAAUGUGAGAAUGAGAAAUGCCAGUGAAGGACCGAGUAUGAAAUGGAAACCAAGUGCAAUCUACCUCACCUAAGUCAUGCCCAGUCUGUAUUAUGAUCUGAGUAUCAGGGCUGAAAUCUCAACCACAGAAAGAUCUCUGAUCACUGACAAAGCACAAAGCGGGACAUACAGACUCCAUCGAGGAGCGGAGCCCCAUGGGAUUAUAAAUACAUGUGAAGGCUUCUGCUGUGUGGCGGCCAUAUUGGGCUCGAUUCCAGCUGGAGGGCAGCUAGCCAAAGUUUGUUUGCACUGACAAGUGCACAGAUGGCCUAUGCAUUUUUAAAACAUGACAUUCACACUUUACACAUUUUAAAGGGGGGGAUGGACGUGGUGGCCGAGAGAAUUCGGUUUGCAAUGUUUUCACUUUAAAUAUUGACUUAAACAAUUGCCAGUAACCAGCAGAAAUAAUAUACAGUAACUCCUAACAGCACAUAACAAUUUACACCAGCCAUCAUUACGAAAUGGUGAACUAAUCAUUAUUUAAUAUUAGUAUUAACCAUUAUUUGAAGUAAUUGAAGAUGUAUUAAUUAUUCCAUUGUUUUAUAUGAAUCAUUAAUGACUUAAUGUAGCUUAUUUAAUUAUUAAUGAAUGACUAUAUUAAUAAUUCAAAUAGCAAUUUACAUGUGUUUAAAAAUGGUAAGAAAUUAAAUUGACUGCCACAAUGAACAGUUUUUUGGUACUUACCUGAUAUGCAGGUAAACCUUUAACUAUUAGAAUAUUUGCACAACACAAAUAUGCAUAACUGUACUUUACAGCUGCAGCUGAGGCUCACAGUUCAUCAUAAAUGGUUAUAAAGGGUAAAGCCUUAUGUUGGCCUUUAUUUUAACAUAUAACUCAUGUCUGCACUUCCUACAGACCGGUAACAAGUGAAACAUACGUUUACAUAAACUUUAUAUGGGGACAUAUUAU